AUGAUAAAUGUGUGUCUUUGUUUUCCCUUCAGGUCGAUCAGGGCGGUGACCUCUUCAGAAAACACUGUGAUAGUCGCUGUAGUAAAAAGGCCGGACAGGGAGGAGGCCUCAGUGAUGCCCCUUAUCAAAUCUGGCUUUAAUAGGAGAUAUGUGGAGAACCCUAACAUGAUGGCCUGUUACAAUGAGCUGCUGCAGCUGGAGCGUGGAGAAGUUCUGGCACAGUUCAAACUGAGGGCGUGUAAUGCUAUCUUCACAGCAUUGGAGCAGAGUCAGGAGGCCAUAGAGAUCACCAAUGAGGAUCAAGUCAUUCAGUAUGUGAACCCUGCCUACGAGAGCAUCAUGGGUUACCAGCAAGGUGAACUAAUAGGGAAGGAAAUAACAGAAGUGCCUAAAAGUGAAAAGAAUAAGCCUGAUCUCCUUGAAACCAUGAACUCCUGCAUCCAGAAAGGAAAGGAGUGGCAGGGGAUUUAUUAUGCCAAAAAGAAGAACGGGGACAGUGUCCAACAAAAUGUGAAGAUCACACCUGUGAUCGGACAGGGAGGUAAAAUCAGACACUACGUGUCUAUCCACAGGCCUUUACAUGAUCAGAAUAAGGCUCCUCGUCUUCCUCGCCUUCAGUUGGUCUUCCUCUCCAGGCAGUUCCCAGAGAAGAUCUUCCUCUCCACACACUCCUCCAUGGCCAGAAUCCACUCCAUGACCAUCAUGAUAGCUCCAAUCACCAAGGUGAUCAACAUCAUCAACGCAGCCCAGGAGUCUAGUCCAAUGCCCGUAGCAGAGGCCCUGGAUCGGGUACUGGAGAUCCUGAGGACCACAGAGCUCUACUCUCCUCAGCUGGGCACCAAGGAGGAAGACCCUCAUACUAACGACCUGGUGGGAGGACUGAUGACGGAUGGCUUGCGCAGAUUAUCAGGAAACGAAUACAUCUUUGCUGUGAAACAGCCCCACCUCCCAAGUCACUUAGCCAUGCCCCUUUCGUUGAAUGACAUCCCUCCUCACGUUGCCCAGACAAUGGAGAAUGAAGACUCCUGGGACUUUGACAUAUUCAACCUGGAAACGGCCUGUCUGAAACGGCCUCUGACCUAUCUGGGCCUGAAGAUCUUCUCUCGGUUCGGGGUGUGUGAGUUCCUGAGCUGUCCCGAGGCCACUCUCCGCUCCUGGCUGCAGGGGAUCGAGGCUAACUACCACUCCACCAACUCCUACCACAACUCCUCGCAUGCUGCCGAUGUCAUGCACGCUACCGCAUACUUCCUCUGCAAGGAGAGGGUCAAGCAAAGUCUGGAGCAGAUUGAUGAGGUGGCGGCUCUGAUAGCAGCCACGGUACACGACGUGGAUCACCCGGGACGCACCAACAGCUUCCUGUGUAACGCAGGAAGUGAGCUGGCCAUCUUGUACAACGACACGGCCGUGCUAGAGAGCCACCACGCUGCCCUUGCCUUCCAGAUCACCACACGGGACGACAAGUGUAACAUCUUCAAGAACAUGGAGAGGAAUGAGUACCGUACCCUGCGUCAAGCCAUCAUAGACAUGGUGCUCGCCACAGAGAUGACAAAACACUUUGAGCACGUCAACAAGUUCGUCAACAGCAUCAACAAGCCGCUGGCCGCGCUGGAGGAGAACGGGGGAAUCGGCGACGAGGAGUCUGUCAAAGGCAUCCUAACGUCCCCAGACAACCGGAUCCUUGUCAAGCGCAUGCUGAUCAAGUGUGCCGACAUCUCCAAUCCGUGCCGACCGCUGGAGCUGUGCAUAGAAUGGGCCGGGCGCAUCUCAGAGGAAUACUUUGCACAGACUGACGAGGAGAAGAGGCAGAGUCUACCGGUGGUCAUGCCUGUGUUUGACAGGAACACCUGCAGCAUUCCUAAGUCCCAGAUCUCCUUCAUAGACUACUUCAUCACAGACAUGUUCGACGCCUGGGAUGCGUUCGCAGACCUUCCCAACCUCAUGCAGCACCUGGACAACAACUUCAAGUAUUGGAAAGACUUGGACGAGAGGAAGCUGCACAGCCUGCGUCCCCCCCCAGAGUAGGAGCACCCUGACUGGGGUCGACGCCAGGCCCCGGGCCCCUCCUUGGUUCCUGUCCGCCUGCGUCCCCCCCCCCCAGAGUAGGAGCACCCUGACUGGGGUCGCCGCCAGGCCCCGGGCCCCUCCUUGGUUCCUGUCCGUCCAGGGGCCACCAAGCCUUCACUCUUCUGCUUCUGUGACACGCCAUCAAGCGUCCACAUGUCCGUCCAACAGAGACAACACACACGGACGGACGGACGGUUGCUGCAGCAACACCAGGCUCUUGCUUCGUACAUAAAACCUCGCUAGCUGAGGAUGGAUGAUGGACAGACACACGGCGCCUCAGAGUCCUUAUAAACUACCAGUGCCUGGUGGGCUUGUCUGUAUGCUCCUACUGCUGCCAGGGAGGCUGUGUGAGGGACUGUUCUUCUCCCAGCCAACCUGGUGAUGGACGUACCAUCCCCUUAGUACUCACACACGGGUUCCCCCUGCCUCUCUCUCUCUCUCUCUCUCUCUCUGUCAGUCAGAGGCCGGCUGAUGUUACUGUCUCUCUGCAGACUGACUGCACUGUUGGUUAGAGCUACGGAGAAACACACAAACAAACUGAACGUUGAGAUGUCAGGUGGUUUCAAGUCUCAGGCACCUCCAAUGAAAAACUGUUUGGAGGAUCAGCUGAUGGGACAGGUUCACAUUACACAGUUUUCCCUCCUAAAUGGCACCCUAUUCCCUAUAUAGUGCACUACUUUUAGGAUAAAAGAGUCUAUGGGGCUCUGGCCAUAAGAAGUGCACUUUAUAUAGAGAAUAGGGUUGCAUUUGGGACGGCGAACCAUGUCAAAUCCACGUCAGACUGUACUACCCAGUGUGUGGUGGGCAUUCCGACCGGAUAAAUCCCUAUAUCGCCCCCCAGUGGCCACCAGGUCGAACUACACUCCACCUCCACCAGCUGCCACCAUCACCUUUUACUAUGUCUUCUAGCUGUACUUCCUUUGUUUCUUUGUCCUUCAGAAGCACCUCGUCCACUAGAGGACCUGUAGCGACGGGAUGGGACACGAGGCCGUCCUAAACACACUAAAAUUGUGUUCCAUAUUACCAUCCUAUUCCCUUUAUAGUGCACUACUGCUACUACUUGACCAGAACAAAUCAUCAAAUCAAAUCAAAUGUAUUUAUAUAGCCCUUCGUACAUCAGCUGAUAUCUCAAAGUGCUGUACAGAAACCCAGCCUAAA